AUGAAGAUCAAUCGGCUCUUUGAUUUGGUCGGAAAGGCCGGGUUGAAAUUCGAUUUAUACAGCAGCUACCGUCCCAUACCGUUAAAUCUUAAAAGCCUCACCGAAUUUGGACGAACCGCUCCAGCUUCCAAGUCUUUCGAGUUUCUGAAAAAUGAAUUGCCUGUUAGAAUCGCUCACAUAUUGCAAGAGAUACGACUGUUACCAGAUACCCUUUUAUCUACACAACCCGUACGUGAUAUCGUUAAGAUGUACGAAGAUACAUUUGUAACUCUUCUGAAAUACGAAAAUUGCGAUUCCAAACGUCCGUCAAUAAUUUCGGAGUUCACUGACGAUCUUCAUGAAAUAGUAGACAAACACUCAAAUGUUGUUAUGUUCAUGGCUAUGGGCAUAAAGGAAAUGAAAGAGAAUUAUCCAGAUUCUUGGGAUGAAGAAAGACGAAUGCAGUAUUUCCUUGACCGCUUUUACAUUAGUCGCAUCGGUAUCCGAAUGCUUAUCACACAGCAUACUUUGGUCUAUGGACCAAUGUUGCGUGAGAACGAGACCUACGUUGGUUGUAUCGAUCCACAAUGCAGUCCAUUGGAACAGGCAAUAAGUGCGUAUGGAUUCGCUCGUAUGUUGUGCACUCGCGUUUACGGUCGAGCCCCCGGAUGUGACAUCCAAGUUCUUGAUCGAGUCCCUGGGGAUGAUAAUAGUCCUGAAUUGGAUGUGACUGUUGAUGCUGAUGGUAAUCCCGAUGGAGCCCACGAAUUAUUUGCCCAGAAGCCCGAUUGUUCCAACUUGGCAGUUCGAGGGAGGAACAUCACAUUUUGUUACGUCCCCGGCCACUUAUUCCACAUGCUCUUUGAACUGUCCAAAAAUGCAAUGCGGGCAGUCGUAGAGCGAUACAAAGAUGAGGAAACGUUACCGCGAUUGCAGGUGGUAAUUUGUAAUGCACCAGAAGAUGUCACUAUCCGGUUGAAUGACCGCGGUAGUGGAAUGAGCUAUCAAACCUCCGUUCAGGCGUUCAAGUACACUUUCACCACAGCAUCCCAUUUGGGCCCACUAGUUGAUGAUGAGCAAGACUGCGUUCCAACUAGUCGACUUGGUGUUGAUCCGGAAAGGGCCACUUACUCCCCUUUGGCUGGUCGCGGUCAUGGCCUACCUCUAAGUCGAUUGUACGCUCGAUAUUUGGGUGGUGAACUAGCCCUCAAUUCGGUUGAGGGGUAUGGCAGUUCUGCUCUGAUCUACUUGAAACGCUUACCCGAGACGGCAAAUGAACUUCUACCGCUCUUCACUCGAACAACUCGGGCAUUUUAUCAAUGUUCGGACUCCGGUGAAGAUUGGAUCUCCGGAUCUGCGAUACGCAAUGAUGAAAAUGGAUUCCGUCCGAGUUUGAACCCUUGA